GCGAGAGCGCCGGGUGGGGACUCGCAAAACCCGGAGAAGUGGAUCGUGCGCGCGGUGUUCCGGACUCACUGGCAGGAAGUCGGGACCAGGGCCCGCCCGGGGGCCGCCGAGAGCUGGAGCCCGAGCGGGAGCGGCCCCAGGCCCAGGCCCAGGCCCAGGGUGAGCGGGUGCGCAGGCCCGAGCGGCUCGGAUUAUUGAAGGAUGUUUGUGCCAAGAUCUCUAAAAAUCAAGAGGAAUUCAAAUGAUGAUGUCCAAAGUAGUGCAGCCAAGAAAAUUAAGGCAGAGGGGAAGCACCCUCAGUUGGACAAGGAUGGAGAUGGUCCGGUGAAUUCUACAGUUACAGAAGGGGCCACGGCACCGGACAGGCCCGGCCAGUCGGCCAAGGUUUGUGACCCGGAUGUGGCGGGCCAACCUUCUGAAGAGCCUGUGAAGUCGUUUUCCAAAACGCAGCGCUGGGCAGAGCCCGGGGAGCCCGUGUGCGUGGUGUGCGGCCGAUACGGAGAGUACAUUUGCGAUAGGACGGAUGAAGACGUGUGCAGCUUGGAGUGCAAAGCCAAACAUCUCAUGCGCGUGCAAGGACCGGAAGAGCCAGCCCAUCUCAGCAGUCCCCAGAAAACUGCUCCAGAGCCAGAGUCCCUUCCUGCUGCCUGCUAUGAGUACGAAGAGCACCUUAUCCAGAGCCUCCGGGAGGAGCAGGUGGAAAAUCUCAAACAGCAGCUGGGGAUCUCAGUUCAAGGGGAAGGGGUCGCCAGGCCUAUCAUUGACUUUGAACACUGCGGCUUCCCUGAGGCCUUAAAUCUCAACUUGAAGGAAUCGGGCUACGAGGUGCCAACCCCUGUCCAAAUGCAGAUGAUUCCCGUGGGGCUCCUGGGCAGAGACAUUCUGGCCAGCGCCGACACUGGCUCGGGGAAGACGGCUGCUUUCCUCCUUCCCAUUAUCGUCCGAGCUUUAUUUGAGAACAAACCUCCAUGUGCGCUCAUCCUGACCCCCACCAGAGAGCUGGCCAUCCAGAUCGAGAGACAAGCCAAAGAGCUGAUGCGGGGUCUGCCGCGCAUGAAGACCGCGCUCCUCGUGGGCGGCCUGCCGCUGCUCCCGCAGCUCCACCGCUUGCGGCAGCAUGUAAAGAUUAUCAUAGCAACCCCUGGGCGGCUUCUGGAUAUCAUAAAACAGAGCUCAGUAGCCCUCUCUGGUAUCAAAACUGUUGUAGUUGAUGAAGCGGAUACCAUGUUAAAGAUGGGCUUCCAGCAGCAAGUGCUGGACAUUCUGGAACACGUCCCUAACGACUGCCAGACCAUGUUGGUUUCUGCCACAAUCCCAGCCAGCAUAGAGCAGCUGGCCAGCCGGCUCCUGCACCGCCCCGUGCGAGUCCUCGCGGGCCAGAGCAACCUGCCCUGCCCCGCCGUGCGCCAGCUCGUCCUGUGGGUGGAAGACCCCGCCAAAAAGAAGAAGCUAUUCGAAAUCUUAAACGAUAAGAAACUCUUUCAGCCUCCAGUGUUAGUAUUUGUAGACUGCAAAUUAGGAGCAGAUCUGCUAAGUGAAGCUGUUGAGAAAAUCACAGGACUGAAAAGCACCUCUAUGCAUUCAGAGAAGCCACAGAUGGAAAGGAAAAACAUACUGCAGGGCUUGCUGGACGGAGACUACGAGGUGGUGGUGAGCACGGGGGUUCUGGGACGAGGCCUUGACCUGGUCAGCGUGAGGCUGGUGGUGAACUUUGACAUGCCUUCCAGCAUGGACGAGUAUGUGCACCAGGUGGGAAGAGUGGGGCGGCUGGGCCAAAGUGGAACGGCGAUUACGUUCAUCAAUAACAACUCCAAAAGACUCUUCUGGGACCUCGCGAAAAGGGUGAAGCCCACGGGAUCCGCCCUCCCCCCUCAGCUCCUCAACUCCCCCUACCUUCAUGAGCAGAAGAGGAAGGAGCAGCAGAAAGACAGACAGGCGCAGAGCGACCUGGUCACGGGCGCCAACCUGAUGGACAUCAUUCGGAAGCACGAUAAAAGCCGCGCUCCUAAGUGACCUGCUCGGCCACUUGCGGGCCUUGUUUUCUGCGUGGACAACAGACUUGCCCCGAAUUACUGCUCUCCGCUGAAAAUGAGAAUUAACACCAAACAGAGAACUCUUUGUCACAAGAGUUUUUUAAAUUUGCUAAGAUUUACAUCGGAUACUGUAUUUAUUUAUCUUCCUGGUUCUCAUACAUCAAAGGCAAUUUCAGAAGCUAUAUUGUUAAAUAAAAUACUUUUUUCC